AAUUUAUUUAUAAUUGUGUAAAUUGACAACAAUUUAAACUCAACACAACAAAAAAUGUCAUUAUCGGUACCACUAUAUCAUUACACCAAUACGGUGGGCGCCCAACGCAUCAUAAGCUCAGGUAUGUUAUUGCCGAGCAAUGGCUAUCUGGACGCUUACGGACCGGGUGUCUACCUGAGCUCAAUGGAUCCGACCCGACACUAUCGAUCGGAGAUAGUGGACAGUAUUCACGGUACAGUUACUGGUAUCGGCGGUAGCAAUAGCUGCCACAAUCGGGCCGAUUGGUGUGUUGUUGUCCAUCCGACACAGUUAGACCAUCAGAAGCUCAGCCAAGUUAACAACGAUCUCUAUCGCUAUGCGGACACGAUUGCGGUUAGUCCACAACAAGUGAUGGAUAAGCCCCGGUGCGAUAGGAACGGUAUGCAACAACAACACCAGUCCACCAACAAUAACAACUAUACAUCUAUGCCAUCCGGUGCUGGCCAACAAUUGGCAUCGGUAGGCGGCGGCUAUAACUACCCGCCACCACCUGCAUAUAGUUUGCAUUUAAAUAGCACUGUGGUUGGUGGUCAACCUCCUCCUCCUCCUACUACUCCUCCAUCAUAUCAGUCCAGUAUCAGAGAACCGUCGGGUCAAUCAUCAUUUAGCACCGGUACACAAAUGAUGUAUCAAUCACCACCACCACCACAACAAUCUACAGCAUUUACUACCGGUGCCACCACCGGUGGUGGUGAAUCAAUAAACCAUAUGAACCACUAUAUCCCGGGUCGGCCAUCAUCAUCAUUAGGAGGAGCAGCUGAGGAGGAGGAGGAGGUUGCUAUGGAAAGCUCUAUGACUACUACUGGUGCUGCUGCUGCUGAAGAGUAUACUGGCACCGGUAGUAACACAUUAGUGAUGGCACAACAACAACAACAACAGCAACCGUCACCAUAUCAGUCCUAUAUGGCUCCGGCAACAUCUAGCACUGGCACACAAAUGUUGUAUCCAAUACCAACACCACCACCACAACAACAAUCAGUAGCACAAUUUGCUACCGGUGCUAAUAAUGCUAGUAAUACUACUACUAAUAAUAAUAAUGAUUUUGCAUUUACUAACACCAGUACCACUGGAGAGAAUACAGGCGCCGGUAAUAACCGGUUGUUGGCACAGUCGGUAAGCCCUAUGAGUUUAGUAGAGCCGCCUACCAGUUCAGGCCUCGGCAGCGGUAUCGGCACUAGCAACAGUGGACAGUUGUCCCAACAACAACAAACAAAACAACAGAAAAAGCUAACUAAGCGUAAGGAACGGGUGGUGGCGGUGGUAGCGAAACAACAAGUGGUUAGUCGUCAAACCCAAACCGAUACUCCUUAUACCACCGUAAAUGCUGGCCAUAUCUUAAAGCCGAACAGUGUCGUAGGCAAUGGUAGUCAUCAUCCAUCCAAUCACCAGAGUUAUCGAGCACCUGGUGGUAGUGGUGGUGGUGGUGGUGGUCGACAACAACAACAGCAACAGUUAGACGAUGAUGAUGUUAUAUUGUUGAGCGCCGAUGACAGCAGCAGCAGCUCAGAUACCACAUCAUCAUCGGAUAGUAAUCAUAGUAGACAACCAUCAAAUUUGAUGACUGAUGAUGAUAGUGAUGGUACUGCUACUACUACUACAAAAGGUAAUGGAGGUGAGCUAUGUAACUGUGCUCAACAACAACAUGAGCUAGCUAAUAAUGUUGUUGGAUAUGGCAGUACUGGUGGACAGAUACUUGAACUGGUACCAUCAUUAUCAUCUUCAUUAUCUACUAGUAGACCUCCGGGUGUAGCAGCUCCGGGAUCACUAAAUGUCAAUCAAUUGAGCCAGCACCCUACAAUUGCAUCACUGUCUAUGUCAAAUAAUGGCCAGUCUAAUUUUGCCCAAUCAUCUAGUAGUAGUAGUAAUAGUAGUACAAACAUGAUACCGGCCAUAACCGCUAGUACAUUGACAACACCGACUACUACUACCGGUGCUUCCAACACGACUGGCCUACAAAAUACUUCAUCAUUAUUGAACAAAUUUUGCAAAUAUAUACAACGUGUUUCACCAAUUAAUACAACCGGUAUAUUAAAUGCGUUAACACCAACAACACCAACAAUAAAUUCAAGCCAAACCAUCACCAAUGGUCUAACCACUGGUAGUGGUAGUCCAUCACAAGCUAGUAGUAGUAAUAAUCAGCCAAAUACUACCACCAGUGCCUACCACUACUAUAAUACAAGCAAUACUAAUAUGACACACCAACACCCCCACCAGUCUAAUAGCUAUACACCAACAACUCAACAACAACAACAACAGUGGCUAUACUACUAUACGAGCACCGGUAUUGCAAACCGGAUUCGUAGGCUGGGCUAUAUUGAACAAUCGACGCAAUGGUUAGGUAGCCAACAAGUCACCGGUGUUGUGUUGACCACAAUGGACCCGACCCGACAUAAUCGGCAACAAAUAUUGAACGGUAUCUACGGUUAUAACCAGUACAGCAACAACACCACCAACAACAACAUACCGGUGCAUUUGAUGAAUCGGGCCGACAAUUUGGUUAAGGUACCGAUCGGUUGUCUAGAUUCAAGUAGACUGUUCAAUAUGGGUGGUCCAGGUGCUGGUAACGGUAGUAAUCAAGAAAUCUAUGUCUAUAUGGGUACUAUUUAUAUUGAUCCCAUUAAUGUUAUUGAUAAACCCAGAUGCAUUGUCUAAUUAUAUAUAUAUUUAUAA